AUGUCGUCAUUGAUUAGAGUUCAUUGCUCCAAGCCGUUGCCGCAAUGGUCGGUGGGCCUUUCUGCCGCUGAGCGGGGAGUCAGAUCUAUUCAUACUUCUUCUGCAAACAGGGACUUCAUGUCGUGGUUCAAAAGGAAGAAGCAAGAGGAACAUAGAGAGCCUGUCAAGGAUACUAAGCAGUUGAUACAUGAUAUUGAGGAGGGGAGGGCUGAAGUUUCCUCUCAGGCUUCCUCCAACAGCAAGAACAGAUUGGAGCUAAUACCUGAAAACUUUAUUGGCGAAGGCCCUAGACGGUAUAAGAGACAAAGGCAGUUGAAGCAAGCGGUUUACAAUGCUCCUUUUAAUCAGUGGUUAUCUAGGGGUAAGAUCGUUUCCGAGAAUGAGUUAGAUGAUGUAAUAUCUCAGGCAACGCAAAAAACGCUGGGCAGAGAAGAGCUGGAUGUCCCAUUUCCCGGUUUGGUGGCGAAGUUUCAAUUUACCAAGCUUUUGCAAGAGAAAUCAGGCUAUUUGAUUCCAGAUUAUAAACUGACUACUUUAACUACGCCUUUACAGUUUAAAGAGUAUUUUGAGAAGAGUAUUUUGCCAUCAAUGAACAAUCCAAAACUCGCUUUCAAAGAAGCUGAGCCUAAUGCCAUCCAUCCAUUCUCCGAGACGUAUGCUUCACCAAACGUUUACGUUGUCAACGACAUCACUCCUAGAGAGCAAAAGAACAAAUACGAUACUAUUAUGAAAGAAAUUCAAAGACUGGACGAUGAGGCAAUAAAGAAGGCUUUCGAAACAGCGAGGUCAGUCUAA